AUGGAUCUCGUGACGAUCAGUGAUCAUCGGAGAAGAAAAAGCUCCUCUCUUUUAACCCGUGACUCUUCGCAUUUUUUAUUGAUUUCAGUCGCAUUAAUUGGCGCAGUGUUUCUCAUCUACACCAACAUGAAAAAAUCGUCGUUCUCGGAAAGUGAUGUUGGCUUCAGACGAAAUAACCACCACAAUAACAAAAUCAAAGUCGCUAAUCGAAUUCACGAAUCAGAGAAAAAACGCUCAAGACCAGAAUCUGAUGACAGUGACAAUAAUAAACGAGAAAAAAUCCACGAUGAGAUGAAAAAUAACCCAUAUGAUUCAGUGGAAGAAAACUCUGUCAACAAUAAACACUACGAAGCGCGGGAAGUCGAAACAGAAUUCCAAGAUACAAAAGACAAACGUCAAAAACCCGGAAGAGAAGAAGAAAGAUCCCACGAAGAAUACAAUGAUGUUGACAAGGAAGCACCUAAAAAACACGAAAGAGUGUAUCAAGAUACACGGGAUGAUGGAGCUGAUCCAAAAUCCCAUGACGAAAAUUCAGAAGGUGAAAAACAUUAUGACGAAGAAUUCGAAAAAAACUUCACUCCAGACUACGACGACGACAAUAAAAACGAAUUGAGUCACAAACAGAUGAACGAAGUACAGAGAAAUGCAGAUCAAGAUUCACAACGUUUUGGAGAAGAGUCAUUCAAAAGAGAACGGAAGGACUUCCGGCACAAAUCCGCGAAGGGUCGUGAUGAUGAUGAGGAUCUUGAAAAUGAUAAUGAUCGCGAGGAGGAUUCCAACUUCCAGAAAUUAAACAAUGAUGCAAAACAUCCUUCAGAUGAACAGGAAGACGACGAAACAAAAGAAGAAAAUAAGUCGAUAAAUUCGAUGAAAAAACAACCAUCAGAAGAUAAAAUAGUGCCUGACAAAACUAACAGUGAAAAUGUCGCCCAAGAAAUUCCAGAAUCCGGGAAACAAGAAAAAGCCGGCCGUGUUUCACAAGCUGACGACGAAGAAAAAACUCACGAUUUACCUGAAGAAAAACCAAGAUUUGGAAAAGUGUCAGAUGACGAAGGCAAACGAGCGUCGAAACCGUCACGAUCCGUUUCUGAAAACUACAGGUACUUCGUGAGGCUCGAAGACACCAUAAUAGACAACGAUAAUGUGGAAAACUACGUAACUGUGGUCAAAUUGUCGCCCGGGGUUCAAGUCUCACAAUAUGCACGACCGGUGAAAAUUCCAACCGCACACACUUACGACGGCAUGACAGCGAUCUUGGUAACCCUGAAGCUAGUCAGGAACAGUCAAAAGAUUCCCGAAGUGCUUCCAGUCAUCGGAAAGUACAAGAUCUUGAAUGACUGUCCACACGAGACGCUGUUGCAAACGUACCCGAAACUCGGACUCAGCGACGCGAUCUGCGCGGAGCACAUUUCCGGCCGACUGUGUCAAAAUUCACUUCCCGGAAGCGCACUGAUGUGCACGAAAAAGAAAGACGCAAGGUCAUCCAUGAUCGAGAGACCUUUCCUGUGCGGAAUGUGGGCCCCUCUGACGAGCAUCAGCGGAACGUCGAAAUUUUGCGCUUUCAGACGAAUUCUGCCACCAACACCGAAACCGUAA